CCCAUUUCUUUGCAGAUACUUACAGUGGAAGUGGCUGGAGGCUCAGGCGAUUACUUACAAAACAUUUCGCAUGUACCGGGUGCUGGGCAAGGGUGGCUUCGGCGAGGUCUGCGCAUGUCAGGUUCGCGCCACCGGCAAGAUGUACGCGUGCAAAAAGCUCGAGAAGAAGCGCAUCAAGAAGCGCAAGGGCGAAUCGAUGGUGCUGAUCGAGAAGCAGAUCCUGCAGAAGAUCAACUCCCGCUUCGUGGUGAACCUGGCGUACGCGUACGAAACCAAGGACGCCCUCUGCCUGGUGCUGACGAUCAUGAACGGUGGCGAUCUCAAGUUUCACAUUUACAACAUGGGCGGGGAUCCCGGGUUUGAGCCGAACCGGGCCAAGUUCUACGCGGCGGAGGUGGUCUGCGGGUUGCAGCAUCUGCACCAGAUGGGCAUCGUGUACCGGGACUGUAAACCGGAAAACAUUCUGCUGGACGACACCGGACACGUGCGGAUAUCGGAUCUUGGGCUGGCCGUGGAGAUUCCCGAGGGCGAGCUGGUGCGGGGACGGGUGGGAACCGUUGGUUACAUGGCCCCGGAGGUCAUCGACAACGAGAAAUACGCCUACUCGCCGGACUGGUUCAGCUUCGGCUGCCUGCUGUACGAGAUGAUCGAGGGUCAGGCGCCGUUCCGGGCCCGCAAGGAGAAGGUGAAACGGGAAGAGGUCGACCGACGGGUGAAGGAGGACGCUGAAAAGUACUCGCACAAGUUCAGCGACGAAGCCAAAUCUCUGUGCCAACAACUGCUCACGAAGGCCGUCAAAAGUCGGCUCGGGUGUCGCAACGGUCGGUACGGGGCCCGCGAGGUCAAGCUGCACCCGUUCUUCAACAGUAUUAACUGGAAGCGGCUCGAGGCCGGUCUGAUAGAGCCACCGUUCGUUCCCGACCCCCACGCCGUGUAUGCCAAAGACGUGCUCGACAUCGAGCAGUUCUCGACGGUCAAGGGGGUGAAUCUGGACGCGACCGACGAGAACUUUUACUCGAAGUUCAACACCGGCUCGGUGUCGAUACCGUGGCAGAACGAGAUGCUCGAGACGGAGUGCUUCCGCGAGCUGAACGUGUUCGGCCAGGAAGAGAGCCCGACGCCGGACCUGCUGGUAAAUGCGCCCCCCGUCGUCGAAAAGCCGGGCUGCUUUCCGUUCCGGAGAAAGAAAAAGCAAUCCGCCCGGGAGAAGCCCGUCCCGUUCAACGAGAAGUUGCUCUCAUCUAGUCAAACCGGUGUCACAAUUAGCCAAACCCAGAGUGAAAGCUGAUAGUGCGAUCCGGCCCCAUCUGGAAACCACCACAUGGCAGCAGCAGCGUCAGCGUCAACAGCAUGAACGACAAAAUAAUAGACAAGCAUGGGAGUUGUUACAGAAAAUUGAGGAAGUCUCGACAAGAUUCGAGAUUCGCGCGGAAGGCAGUCAUUAUUUUAUUUCGGUAAGAAAGGUCUGUUGUUUUUAUUAUUUUUUUCUGCCAGAUACACUCACAAGGAUUUGUUAUUUAUUUUAACAAGAAUUUAGAAUAUUUUAAAAUGAAUUUGCUUUCUGUACAUAUCGGUUUCCUGAGUAGUUGUUACGCCUGUCUCUUCGCACAAAUGUUUUAGUAGCAUUUUAAAACGACGUGAUUUUUUUUUUAACUUUUAUUACAUAUUAGAGAGAUCUGCCAGCACGGGGUGGCGCAAGCGAAAGCAAGAGAGAGAAUGUGUAAGAAUGUACAUUGCUGCAAUGUAUUUGUAGAAUAAUUAUUGAAUACUAAAAUCAAGAAACCCACACACAAAUAUCUCAUACGUGUUUUUAUAACCGAACAGAAAACAAAGCAAAAGAGUUAAACAAAAAGGAAAACCAGAGGAUUAAGAUUAAAUUGUUCCUUGCUGGGAUGUGAUAGCAGAUGUAGCUUACAAUUUUUGGAGCAAACCGCGAGUUCGAGCGCGCGCGAGAGUUGUUUUUAUAGGAAAAAAUAGAAGCAAGCAAGAAAAAGAAACCGGCAAAAAUAGUACUUCUCCUUAGCGCUUACACUCGAGCAACACCGGUAUCGAAGGACUUUGCCAAUAAAGGAAGCGGAAAUAGUCAACAAAGCACACAAAGGAAGGAACUUAAGGACGAGCACAAGUUACGAAGGAAACAACACAAAACUCAUACACAUUUAGAACGCAAUUUAGUCAUAUACUCAUUAAAAAACUAGAGAAAAAGAAACAAAAGGGUUCUCAUCUUUCCGCUAAGCAUCAUAAGAGAAAAAAAGAGUUUAGAAUUAUCGCGCACGCACAUAAAUCAACACUUACACACACAAGUCACUUUCACGCACUUUUUAUCGCAUCAGCCACAAAACGUGCCCAUCGAAUUUCUGCACAAUCUCGACUGUUACAAGUGAGUAGAAAAGAGUAGGUACGGUGCCUUUUUUGAUUCAAUCUUCCCAAAGUCUUGAGAAUAUCAGAAUCUUCCUCCACCUCGGGAUUCGAACUGAUGACCUUUGGUUUGUUGUUUACUUCCCACUCCGACAGAAGGCGUGGUAAAACAUUUCUCGUCUCAAGAAAUGCAACCGGGAUCGACUGGGAUUGAACCCAGACCGCUCGAGACACACAUUUUGCUUUUUUUCGGAUUUUGCUUGAGAAAUUCGCCUUUCAAGUGUGCCACCUUCAGUUUUUGCUCAGAUACUUUUAAAUAGUGCACCAAACUGUUCACUCACGUUUGUUGCCUCUCACUUCCGAUUAAAAAAUGUAAUCCUCGAAGAAACAUUACAAAUCGCGGCCCUUUUCACGCAAACUCAUCAACAGUUGCUUUGCAAAACUGUCAACUGACCAGCUGACUGACAGCUUUCGAUCUGCCCAGUUGACAGCAGCCGCUCGCAAGCCGCGUUGCAACGUCGAUCAAGUUUUCGUCGCACGGCUCACAUCUCUUUCCGAAUUCUGUUUUCAUUUAUUAUUUACGGUCAUUUUUGGUAAGUUUUUCGCUGAAUUUCAGCAUUUAAAAAUUGGUUAUUUUAGUAAUUUUAACAGAGUUCAGAAAUGAGCGCUUGGCGUGGAUGUAUUUUGAAAUUUUAGAUUGUUUCAAAUUUCAAGGGUACUGAUUCUUGAUUACUCCUCCACAAACUCAAACUGUACAGAACGCAUCAAUGUAGAAUCUUUAUCAUCUAGCUAAACAAUCACCCCACAAAGAAAAACAAACAUCCAGGGAGUAAAAACUAAAGUUCCGUAAGCUGUUGCAGAAUGCUAUCUUAAAAAACUCAAUCGAACUAGUUUGGUUGGGCUAGCUGUAAAAUUUAUAAAUCUCAAAAAAAAAAAACGCAGAAAGAAGAAGCAAACCUGGAGCACAAAGCGUAUGAAACUGAAACCACAACAAAACCAUUUCGUGAUCAAUGUGUGUUUAAAUAGGAAAAAAAAGUAUAAAAGGCUAACAUUCAACUGAUAAUCAUUAUACAAAUAUAGAAAGAGGGCGGGCGCGAAGCAAACAAAGAAAUUACAAGCAAACAACUCAUUUAAGGUUAAACGGAUGAUUACUACAAAAGUGAAAAGAAGUAAACAAAACACGUGAGCAGUAUUAGGUGGACAUUUUAAAUCAAAUAGAAUUUACCAAACAAAAAUUAAAUCAAAACUGAUGGGAGGAAUUGCACGCUCCGGCUCCACCAGUUUUGCUUGGAGAAGUGGGACGAAAAUAUUUCCCGGAACGCAGCGCAAAUGAUAAAUAACAAGCUCAAAAUUAGUUUCGACGCAAGUUUGAACGCACUCAAUGCGAAUAAUAUAAAAUAUGUAUAGUAAAACAAAAAAAAAAAACAAACCAGAUUAGCAACCAAUUCCCGCAUUAUGAAAAAAAAAAAACAACAACAACAACAAAAAGACCUAAAAAUUGUAAAUCGUCGUACUAGAGUCUGUUGGACAGUGAAAGAAAGGAAGUAGUAGAAGAGAGCUGCUCCAAAGACACCCACUUCUCAAACCCACAAAUGCUCCCGUGAUGCGAACCACUUGAACAGCUCUCCAAAAUGUUCCACCAGAGGCGCGUUGCUCGUCUCCCCCUUAACUGUUGGGGUGGUUCACACACACAAAUAAAAAUUGCAUUAGUCAGCUAAGCUUCACCACACUCACUAACUCACUCAAUCAAAGUACUAAAGUCGACAAAAGCGUGUGAUUGUUGUCGUCGUCUGUUGUUUUUCGACGGCACUCGGGAAGGAAAAUGAUGCCAAAAAAAGCCAUUUCUGUCAAUCAUAAUCGCCAAUUACAUAAACAAUAUGGACACUCAUACAGAAACAAUCGACUCUAGGUUUCACGGAGAGAGAUAACCAACCAAUCAACCAACCACAAUCCAGAUCGUCAUAGUCAUGAGGGAAACUUCUUUUAAGUGUCGUACUUUUGCGAGUGGGAUCCAUUCCCGCAUAAACAACAAAAGUUUAAGUAUUUGAAUGGAAAUAACAGUAAAUGCCAAUGGUAGCAGUUAAAAAUAAAAACUCAAACACAUUAAACAAUCCCUUUGGAAAAGCUACCAAAACUGAAACCCGGAAGUGGUGGACAGAUUACUUGCAAGCGAAAACACACAAAAAAUAACAAUGGAAAAUAUGUAAAGUUAAGGAAACUAGUAAAAUGUAACUAAAAUACUACAGUA